AUGCAGCUCACCGUGUUCCUUCUGUUCAUCAUCUUCCACGUGGCUCAUUUUGCAGCUAUUACCACAAUUGAGGAGCUCUGCGCGAAUGACAAGCCUUGCUAUGGCUUCCCAGAAAAUUGUAAUAUGGAUGACUGCUCAGUUAUUUUGUCGUUCCGUAAAGGAUAUAUGGAUUUUCUUUUCCGUGAUACUGAUUUCAGCAUUGUUAUUGGAUUUCAUUCAGAGAAGAAUGGUGUUUUGGACAGUGUAUACUUGGUAUGCUUCCCAGGUACCAGCAAAUGUUUCUUGGGCGACCCAACCGUUGAUGAAGCGUUCAAAAUUAAGAACAAAAUAGAUGUUGAAAUGACUGAGCUUGACGAAAUUAAUGGAGACUUUUUGUAUAGUAUUCCCCACGUUAUUUUUGAAACCGGACCAGGAAUGACAUAUUUCGCUGCUAAGAACAAAGUUAUAACCAACUUCAAAGUACAAAAUGGAAGGCCGAUGCAUCUUAUUUCCGGAAAUGCUCCAACUACUAAUCUAAAGACGGAGAGCCCGGAUACCGGAGCCAAACCAUUAAGCGAUCUUUUCGUUCGUUAUGAGCAACAAAUGGAUGAAAGCGAUGAUCGCCAAGGCUAG